AUGGACCAGAUCGUGGUCUCGACAGAAGAGUCGUCGCGGGCAGACGCGCCGACCAUGCAUGCCUGGGAGCUGGGCUCGGGCGCCCGAGUGCUGGCCUUCAAGCACGCGCCGGUGGCGAGCGGCGGCCUGGCCCUUAUCCGCGGUCACUAUGCCGUGGCGUCGCUGGCGACCAAGCCGAUGCUGCAUGCGUACUCGUGGACCCGCGAGCAGGUGGGGACCAAGUCGGUGCUCCCGGCCAUGGCCUCAGCGCUGGCGGCUGACGCCCGCGGCUCGCAUCUUGUGGCCGGUCUGGCGACCGGAACGCUAAUGGCAUGGGACACGGCGACAGGUACUCUCCUGGCGUCGGUCGAGGCACACUACAAGGCCGUGACAGCCCUCGUCCUUGCUGACGACGGCUCGGUCCUGAUCUCGGCCGGUGACGACGGCGCCAUCGCGGUGUGGGACUGGCCCGACUUGCUCGCGCCGCGGAGCCACGACGCCGCGCCGCCUGCGCCGAUCUUCCUCCUCACCCUCCACUCUCUCGGUGUCGCCGACGUGGCGCUGGGCCUCGGCGGCCGCGCCGCGCGCCUGGUCUCGGUCUCGGCCGAUCGCACACUUAAGGUGUGGGACAUGCUGACGGGCAAGGCCGCGGCGUCGAUCCUCCUCCCCACCGCACUCAACGCCGUAGCGCUGCACCCAUGCGAAAGCGCGGUUGCGGUUGGCGGCUCCAAUGGGCAUGUGUACUGGCUGCCGCUGGCGCCCGAUGCCGCCGUCCUCCUCGACCUCGACGCGUCAGCUGUCCACACCAUGGCCGGCCACUCGGCUGAGGUCACUGCCCUGGCCUUUUCCCUCGAUGGCCACACUCUGGUCUCCGGUGCCGCUGACGGCGAGAUCCUGGUGUGGGAUGCGGCGACCCGCCAGCAGAUCCGCUCGUACACCCAGCACAUGGGCCCGGUCACAAACCUCCGCGUCAUCAUGCGCCCGCCGCAUCUGCGCGACCUCGCGCUCUCAGUCUCGGCUCUGCCGCCGGCCGCAGACGCGCUAGCACCCUCGGACGCCUCGCGCCUCCUCCCGCUGGCCCCGUUCAAGCGGACGCUUGGCGCUGGCGCCUCGGCCGCUGCCGCCUCGGCUUCACAGUCGCUCGGUGCCACUGGCGUCAUGGCUCUUCCAGUCGCCCCGUCCGCACCCUCGCUUACCCCCUCCCUCUUUUCCAUCCCACGCGCCUUGACCGACAAGGCCGCAGUCAUCACCAACGACCAAUCUGCCCUCAUCGACGCCCUUCAGGCCGAGAUCGACUCGCUCAAGUCGUCCAACGCUCAGCUCUACGAGCGCGCUGUUAACGCUGUCCUGGAAGACCAGGCGUAGUAGAGGCGAGACCCACCGUCGCCCCCCCUCCAAUUACCAUCUUUCCGACAAAGGCA